AAGAGUUCGUGCGGACGGUCGCAGGGAAUAGAGUCAAUUGCGCAUCCAUCAGCCCUCCCUUCGUACUCUCCCCAGACUUUCCCCAGCUCCCCACUCCCGUUCCGGCCGAUCCCUCCCGCCGGAAAAACUCCGUCCGACGAGAUUUUCCGGCGAGAAUGGCGGGAAAGCCCUCUUCCCUGCCCGCCUGCUCUAUCCAGCGCUCCCUCCUCACGCUCGCCGCCCUAACUCUGAUCUCCUUCGCCUUCUUCUCACUCCGAUCCCUCCGCUCUUCCCCCCGAUACCCCUCCCACCUCUCCUCUUCCUCCAGAUCCUCCCCUGGUGUCUCCUUCGACGGAGAUCCCGGCGUUGGGGAACCCUCGGAUCUCCCCUCGUCGCCGACGGUCUACCACUCGCCGGAGGUGUUUCGGAGGAACUACGCCGAGAUGGAGAGGAAAUUUAAGGUCUUUAUAUACCCGGAGGGGGAUCCCAACACCUACUACCAGACGCCGAGGAAGCUCACGGGGAAGUACGCUAGCGAGGGGUACUUCUUCCAGAACAUCCGGGAGAGCCGGUUCCGCACCGAUGAUCCUGAUCAGGCGCACCUCUUCUUCAUCCCGAUUUCCCCUCACAAGAUGAGAGGGAAGGGCAUAUCAUAUGAGAAUAUGACAAUGAUAGUUCAGAAUUAUGUUGAAGGCUUGAUAAGCAAAUACCCUUAUUGGAAUAGGACAUUGGGUGCAGAUCACUUCCUUGUUACCUGCCAUGAUGUUGGUGUGAGGGCAUUUGAAGGGCUUCCAUUUCUUAUAAAGAAUUCCAUCCGAGUUGUCUGUUCACCAAGUUAUGAUGUUGGAUAUAUCCCGCACAAGGAUGUAGCUCUUCCUCAAGUACUGCAGCCAUUUGCCCUUCCAGCAGGAGGAAAUGAUAUUGAGAACAGGACAGUACUUGGAUUUUGGGCUGGACAUCGGAAUUCUAAGAUAAGAGUUAUUUUAGCACGUGUAUGGGAGAAUGACACAGAGCUUGCUAUCAGCAAUAAUCGCAUAAGCAGAGCUAUAGGAGAGUUGGUAUAUCAAAAGCGUUUUUACAAGACUAAGUUCUGCAUUUGUCCAGGUGGCUCCCAGGUUAAUAGUGCUCGAAUAGCUGACUCCAUUCACUAUGGAUGUAUUCCUGUAAUUUUAUCUAAUUACUAUGACUUGCCAUUCAAUGACAUCCUUGACUGGCACAAGUUCUCUCUCAUUCUCAAGGAGAGUGAUGUCUACCAGCUGAAGUCUAUUCUCAAGGCCAUAUCUCAUGAAGAAUUUAUUGCACUACAUAAGUCUUUAGUUAAGGUUCAAAAACACUUUGAGUGGCAUUCACCUCCAGUUCGUUAUGAUGCAUUCCACAUGGUAAUGUACGAGCUUUGGCUACGACAUCAUGUGAUCAAGUACUAGACUCAGGGAUUUCUGUGCGUCGGCUUUUUUGCACCAAGCUUGGGGAUUGGUUAACAGGAUCAGUCCCUUUGACAUGUACAGCUUCAAGAGUGUAAGGAUAUACAAAAAUUCUGUUCUUCAUCCACUUCCUUGCAUUUGGAUAGAUUGGUUAAAAUGAGGCAGCAGUGAUGUGAACCAGUGCAAUGCAGUGUAGGUAGCCAUCCAAGCUCUAAGCUGUUUCACCGUCUGUGUUGCGAAUGGCAUUUAAUCAUGUAAUUUGAGUGGGAUAAUCAGGAGUAUUUUUUGUGGGCACUCUGAUUCUAAAUUCUUCCCCAUUCCAUUAUUACCACGGCCCUAAUGUAAUUCUAGGAUGACAAUUUUUUUUGUAAAAUGCAAUUUAUUUGUUUAUUUAUUUUCAUGUAAUUGAUGGUUGCAAAGAGUUGUGUUCAAAAGGUGUUAAUAUAUCCACCAAUUGAUAUGAGGUA